UGUGGGACAGUGGGAGGCGGCGGCUCUGUAUUUGUGAUUUUUUUUUUUUUCCGAGCAGCUAGCCGUCAUUUACGUUUCCAUGCAGUUCGCUGGAAGGUAUGGAGGAGAACGGAAAGCCGCCGUUCUAAUGUCUCCCAGUGAAAGGACCGCACCAGUCCAGUUUGUUCGGUGGCUCAUGCACACUGCCUCCCUGCAGCCGACAUGCCUUAUGGGAUAUUUAUGAACCAUCUAUGACAUUCCAAGAAGAAUUAAUGUUUACAUUAAGAGCUUUUUUUGCCAACAAUUAGCCUCACUGGGUCUUUUUUCUUUUUUGCACCUGUGGAAAAACACACCACUAUAUUUUGGUUGUGUUUCUAUUUUUUUUUUUUUUUUGUAUAGAAUUUCUAUCCUUUUUUGCAAGAGGCUGAUUCUCUAUCAUGAGAUUCCGAAUCUACAAGAGGAAGGUGGUGAUACUGACUCUGGUGGUUGUUAUCUGUGGCCUAGCUUUUUGGAGCAGCGGAAGGCAAAAAAAGAACAUAACUCUUCAAUUCUCCAAGGAGUUCCCCAAGGAAUUUGAGGCUGUGAAAAGGAGCAGCAGCCUCAGCAGCAGCAGUGGCAGCCUCAACAAUCACAUCCAGUUGCAAGCCACUCCUGCAGUUAGCCGUGCACCUGUCCCGCCACCCGUUAUCCAAGCUAACGGCACGCACCUGGACGAUGCAAAGGAUAAAGCCAAAAUGAACAAGCCAGAGGUGGACAACGCCACUCUCGUCUAUCGCGGCAUCGUCUUCCAGCUGAAUUUCGACCAGACGAUAAGAAACGAAGAGAAGUACAAGACUCGGCAGAAAGAUGAUCUGGUCGUGGUGGUUCAGGUCCACAACCGACCCGACUACCUGAAGCUGCUGGUGGAUAGCCUGCGAAAGGCCAGGGGAGUGGAGAGCAUAUUGCUGAUAUUCAGCCAUGACUACUGGUCUCCUGAGAUAAACAAAGUGGUGGCCUCGGUUGACUUCUGUCAAGUCCUUCAGAUUUUCUUCCCCUUCAGCAUUCAGCUCUACCCCCAAGAAUUCCCGGGGAACGACCCCAGGGACUGCCCAAGAGAUAUUCCCAAAAAAGACGCCUUAAAACUCGGAUGCAUCAACGCGGAGUACCCGGACUCCUUCGGCCACUACCGUGAGGCAAAGUUCUCCCAGACCAAGCACCACUGGUGGUGGAAGCUGCACUUCGUCUGGGACAGAGUGAGAGCUCUCAAAGACCACCAAGGACUGGUUCUGCUCAUAGAGGAAGACCACUAUCUGUCGCCAGACUUUAUCCACCUUUUAAAGCUGAUGAAAGCUCUCAGACGGGAGCAGUGCACUGACUGCGACAUCCUGUCCCUCGGGAGCUACAGCCACAUCGGCUACUCCAGCAAAGCGAACAAGGUGGAGGUGAAGGCCUGGAAGUCGACGGAGCACAACAUGGGAAUGGCUCUGAGCAGAGAGACGUACCACAAGCUCAUCCGGUGCACCGACACGUUCUGCACUUACGACGACUACAACUGGGACUGGUCCCUGCAGCACCUGACCGUGGCCUGCUUGCCCUCCUACUGGAAGGUCAUGGUGAGCGAGGCGCCCAGGGUCUUUCACGCCGGGGACUGCGGCAUGCACCACAAGAAGGCCUCCUGCAUGCCCAUCAGUCAGAAGACAAAGAUCGAGAACAUACUUCAGAGCAGCGGAAACCAGCUGUUCCCCAAAAACCUCCUGAUCACAAAGAGACUGCCAGCCAACGGCGCCGGAGGAGUGGCCCCGCAUGUGAAAAAUGGGGGCUGGGGAGACAUCAGGGAUCACGAACUCUGCAAGAGUUACGUUCGAUUACAGUGACCUUAAUUGCUACUAUUAUGUAUUCUUUUCUCUUUUGCAUCCUAUAUAUAAAAAAAGUAAAUCUUUAUGGACUAUUCUCCAUAUUGCCUGUUUUAUUGGACUGUUUUCUUGGAUUGUUCCAAAUAAAGACGAAUGUUGAA